AUGGACGCUCUUUUAGACAAAAAGACAGAACUUCUUUCGCUCUACUACCCUGGCUAUGCCACCGAUGUGCUCAGAGAUAUUCUUGUGAGCUGCGAUGGCAACGUUGACCGCGCCAGGGCUUUGAUUCAAGAUCCCGCUCUGGAGAACCCAGGGAAGCAGAGGUCGUUUGCUCAAGUUCAGACAACUCUUACAGGGUUCAAAAGGAGCUCAAGAAGUGACACCAAGUCUUAUCUGGUUUCCAGUAAGAAGCCAAAAUUGGGUGUUCCUUCCUUGCCACAAGCGCUGGCGCGGUCGCCUCAGAUCACUCUAAACACGCCUGAGGACGUGGAGCACCACUUAAAAGGCUACGCACUGUUACAUUUGAACUUUUUCCCCAAAGACGUGGCUGACGGACUUCUCAGUGAGCUCGCUGCUUCCAAGGAGAAAUUCAGAACUCGGCAGUUCUAUCUUUUUGGAAACUUGUGCACCCUGAAUUUGAAAGUAGCACUCUUCGCAGCUCGAGAUGCCGAUUACCCAAGUUUGGUAUACAACGGACUCCAGAUCGCAGGCGACAAUGGGCCCCACGAAUACUCGCCCCGUUUCGAAAUGGCUGCGAAGUACUUGGAGGAGAAGAUGAAUAACACAUUUAUUCCACAAAACCCAAAAUUACCCUUGCAGCUGUCAGAUAAAUGGACAGCCGGCUUUUGCGUGGCAAACAUGUAUGAGAAAUUGGAUAACCAUUUGGAUUGGCACUCUGAUCGACUCUCCCACAUUGGGCCUCACAACUAUAUAGCGUCGGUGCUGUUGGGGCUGACAAGGUUGUUCAAGCUUCGAUCCACACAUAAAAACGGAGCGCCGGUCUUUCUGGUUCCAUUGCCUCACAAUAGCCUAUUUUUGAUGAAACCGGGGUGCCAGGAGGAAUUCAAACAUACCUUGGCGCCCAUGUCGAAGCUGCUUCUGUUACACCCGGAAGUGGGACUGCUACGGAUCGGUCUCACUUUCCGCAAUUACCUUUCUGACUUCAUACGCAACUUACCCAAGUGUCGUUGCGAUCUCCCAAUGAUGCUACGACGGGCAUUCAAAAGCCCAGAAACAAGAGGGAAGUAUUUUUGGCUGUGCGAGAACGUAUACCAAAACAAAGACUGUGGCGCCUUUCACUGGGCAGACAUCAACAACUGGAAAGAUCACUUCAUUGCGGACUCCCAAGAAAAAGCAUCCAGAUGGAUUGCUCCCGAGUGA